UCCAGACAGUGCUUUACUACAAGGUCUUUAUGUGCAUUUUAUAAAUCAUCGUUUUAAGAGUCCCUCCACUGUGAAGAAAAAGUUGACCGACUGAAAGCAAAAUAAACAUUGCUACAACAAAAUUCUACGAUGAAAUAUGUCCAAAGAAAUGUCAGUAAGAGUGAUGAAAAUUCGUUUAAAUCAACGGUAUAAGUUUUCCUUUCAACGGAAAUAAUUGUUUCUUGCAAUUAUAUAUGAUUCGGGCAACAAUAUAUAUAUUUGUUCCAGUCUAUUAAUCUUUUUUCUCAGUAUCCUCUUUAUGGCCGACGAGCAUUUUUUUUCUUUUUUUUAUCAGUGCCUAGGAUUGUAAAAUCACACGUGCCGUUUACAAAUCGCACAAAGAUUUCUUCGGAUUCCUCCUUUGUCUCGACUCGUUUCGCCAUUUCAGCUACGAUGAAAAAGCUUUCCCGAACUUUUUUAAUAGACUGUUAGUACUAGCGACCCGUGUCAAAGUUCGAAUCUCGUUGCCUAAAAUGACUCGAGGACUCAAAGAUCAAACGAAAUUAGCAAAUAGACAAGUUUAUGGAAAUGGAUUUUUCCUUGGAGGAAUGGCUCGGAGAAUAUAAGUACGUUCCACGUUUGUCACAUUCGAGUCUUUUUCGGAUGAAUUCGAGUUCUGCGAGGAAGUUUAACCUGACUCGAAAAGAUUUUUUGCUUCAGUGCAGUAGAAAAGGGGAUAUUCAUUCGACGUCUUCAAAAUGGGUACACCUGGAGAACAAUCGAGAUGCCACGUGAAGAUGAAUUCGGAGCCCGGGGAGGAGAUCGUUAUCUCUGGUAUCUCCGGCAGAUUUCCGGAUUCAAGAAACAUGAAGAUAUUCGCGGAGAACCUGAGGAAUAAAAAGGACAUGAUUACCACCUCGCAUAAUCGGUGGCAGACAGAUUGCCCUGACAUUCCACAACGGAUGGGGAAGAUCGAAGGUGUGGAGAAAUUCGACCGGCUGUUUUUCGGGGUUCAUCCUAAGCAAGCCAAUAUAAUGGACCCAAUGGGAAGGAUGAUUUUGGAGCACGCUUACGAGGCCAUUGCCGAUUCUGGAUUUAACCCCCGCCAACUGGCCGGCUCCAAAACUGGCGUCUUUGUCGGCGUCUGCUUCUCCGACAGCGAGAAGAAUUUAUUCAACCAGAAUUUCCAGGAGAAUGUUUUCGCUGUAACCGGCACCAGCAGAGGGAUGUUGGCUAAUAGAGUUUCUUUCGCUUUGGACUUUAAUGGACCGAGUUAUGCAGUCGAUAGUGGAUGCAGCUCGAGUUUACUCGCCUUGGAACAUGCGUACAGAUCCCUGAAGAGUGGAGAAUGCGAGGCCGCCAUUGUUGCUUCCUCCAAUCUCUGCCUCCAUCCCAACGUGACGCUCCAGUAUUUCCAUUUUGGCGUUUUGUCAGCCGAUGGAUACUGCAGGCCAUUUGACGAGAAAGGAAACGGAUAUGUUCGUGCAGAAGCGAUCGUUGCAGUGUUUCUGCAAAAGGCGAAGGACGCUAGACGCAUUUACGCCAAUCUUUUAUCUGGAAAAGUGAACAGCGACGGAUACAAGGAACAAGGAAUAACUUUUCCAUCCACCGACAUGCAGUUUCAACUUUUGAGGGAUUUCUACGCACAGUGCAAAGUGCCGCCAACAAUGGUGUCCUAUGUGGAGGCACAUGGCACUGCAACCGAGGUCGGCGAUCCACAAGAAGUGAACAGUAUCGACAAAUUCUUCAGUCCAGGACGUACAACACCCUUAAUGAUCGGGUCUGUCAAAUCCAACAUGGGACAUGGGGAACCCGCGAGCGGAUUGUGCUCCAUUGCGAAGGUGGUGACAGCAAUGGAGAGCGGAAUCCUUCCUCCGACUUUGCAUUUUGAACGUCCCAGGAAAGGAUUAACCGCCUUGGAAGAAGGUCGACUUCAGGUGGUGACUGAAUGUACUCCUUGGAAUGGCGGCUAUAUUGGAAUAAAUUCAUUCGGGUUUGGAGGAGCGAAUGUCCACAUUUUGUUGAAGUCUCAUGAUAAGGAGAAGAAGAACGGCGGUGCUCCUGAAGAUGAUCUGCCGAGGUUGGUCGCGGUUUCUGGACGCACCGAGGAGGCUGUUCUCACCUUGUUAAAUGACGUCGCCAGUCGUCCUGUCGACGUGGAGCACGUCCGACUCCUGCAGGAUAUCCACUCGACCGAUAUUCGAGGACAUUCGUAUCGUGGGUAUGUCGUUUUACCAUCUCAUGGAUUAUCCGAAAAUCCGGUCAAAGAAAUUGACCAAUGUCUGCAGACAAAACGACCGAUAUGGUUCAUGUUCUCCGGCAUGGGCUCGCAGUGGCCAGGAAUGGGAAAGUCCUUGCUUCGCUUUCCUGUGUUUGCAGAGGCAAUAAAAAAAUGUGACGCGGCCCUUCGGCCAAAAGGAGUCGACAUUUAUCACAUCCUCACAACCAAGGACGAGAGAAUUUUUAAUAACAUCCUGAAUUCCUUCGUUGGAAUUGCAGCGGUUCAGAUCGGACUUGUGGACAUAUUGAAACACGUUGGCAUCGUUCCUGCCCGAUUGAUAGGACACUCUUUUGGGGAGCUGGGAUGCGCAUAUGCAGACGAAUGUUUCACAGCAGAGCAAAUGAUCCUCUCAGCCUAUUAUCGAGGGGUGGUUUCCAUCCAAACAGAAUUCAUGCACGGCGCGAUGGCGGUGAUCGGCCUCGGCCAGGAAAAACUCCGACCAAUGUGUCCUCCAGGCAUCGAAAUCUCCUGCCACAAUUCCGCAUACAGUUCGAAUAUCAGCGGCCCUGCGGAGUCGGUGAAAUCGUUCGUAGCAAAAUUGCAGGCGGAGAAUAUUUUCGCGAAGGAAAUGGAGGUGAGCAACAUCGCCUACCACAGCAGAUACGUCGCCGAGGGGGGUCCGAAGCUGCUGAAAUUGUUGAAGGGAGUGAUACCAUCCCCGAAGACUCGAUCUGCAAAAUGGUUGAGCACUUCCGUGCCCCAUGACCAGUGGAGCGCCCCGAUGGCUCGACAAAGUUCCGCAGAAUAUCACACAAAUAAUUUCGUAAGUCCGGUCCUGUUCGAGGAGGUGCUCUCCCUGGUCCCGAGAGAUGCGGUGGUCAUCGAGAUAGCUCCUCAUGGACUCUUCACCGGGAUCUUGAAGAAGGCAUUGGAGAAGAGCGUGGCCAAGGUCGCUCUGGCCCAGCGCGAACACCAGGAAAACGUGGAAUUCUUAACACAGGCCUUAGGAAAAUUGUACAACCUCGGGGUUAACUCGAAAGUGGAAAACCUCUACCCUGAGGUCCAGUAUCCAGUCAGUCGAGGCACUCCCAUGAUCUCGCCGUGCAUCAGGUGGGACCAUUCCGAGGACUUCUUCGUUAUGUCCCAGAAGGUUGAAGAAAUGUCUGGCGAACGAACGCUGAACAUCUCCUUGAGGAACGAGCAGUACGAGUACAUGGAUGGACACGUUGUCCAGGGGACGAACCUGCUUCCAGGGGCAGGAUUCCUCUUCCUGGUUUGGCAAUCUUUCGGAAGCAUGCGUGGGAGACUGCACUUCAACAUGUCGGUCGUCUUCGAGGACGUUCGAUUCGUCCAGGUCGUCACCCUGAGGAAGGACGACACCGUGAAGCUCACGUUGAUGGUACAGAAAGGAUCCGGGAGAUUCGAGAUCACGGAAAAGGGGUCGGUGAUAAUAACCGGGUACAUCCGCGCCGUGGAAAAGCCUGCCGAAGAGCGAGUGGAUCCCUCGAACCUGAAGAUCGACGACGACGACGACUUCUGCAUGUCGAGCGAAGACAUCUACAAGGAGUUCCGGCUUCGAGGAUACGAGUACAACGAGCUCUUCCGCAGUUUAAAGCGCGCCACGAUCACGGGGACCAAGGGGAUCAUCUCCUGGGAGAAUAAUUGGGUCACUUUCAUGGACUGCAUGUUUCAGUUGGGUCUCUUCCAGAUGGACACGAGGUCCUUGUACGUUCCCACGGGGAUCCGGAAACUGGUAAUCGACACCGAAGCACACCAAAAGGCGAUUCAAGAGAUGACGGAUGAGAAAGUAAUCACGGCAUACGUGGACACGGACCUGAAGAUCAUCAUCGCGGGGGGCAUCGAAGUCCGAGGCAUGUCAGGAAUUUCCCUGCCCCGAAGAAAAGAGCCCAGGGAGCCAACUCUUGAAGAGUACAAAUUCGUCCCCCACGUGGACGAAGCCGAAACCUCUCUUCAGGAUGUGUUUCGCCUGGCCGUCCAGCUGGCUGCAGAAAAUCACCCUGACCACCGCGUGAAGAUCGUGGAAGUAGUGAACGAGUCCCCGGAAGCCUUGGUGUCUCCCUUCCUGCCCAGCAUCCUGGAGGACAUCCCUAUGCUGCAACCAGAGCUCUUCGUCCUGGCCCCUCCGGAGACGUUCCAGGAAGGCGAGAUCCCGGAGAACGUCUCACUAAUCGACUUCAGGAAGCUCGUCACGGACGUGAAGGCAUUCCUCGUCAUCGGGCAGGACCUGCUGCAACGCCAGGACGAAGACCUGAACCUGCUCCUCUCGUCCAUGGCGAACACUGGAUUCCUGAUAACCAGAGAGUCUUCAGGGUCGCAGGACACCUCUUCCAGGAUCCGACAACUAGGUCUCGACGUCGUCCUGCGGAAGAGGAGCGGUGGAGAACUCAUCCUCCUUCUUCGCAGGAGAUUUAACAGCUUGAAGAGGCCUGUCGUGGUUUUCGUCAGGAACGACGAGUUAUCCUGGCUCCCGGAACUCCAGCAAGUCCUGAGGGACUCGGAGGAAGAGGAUGAUGAAGGCAGGAUCCUUCUGGUAGGGCAAAGCGACUCGGAAAACGGACUGAUGGGGUUGCUGAAGUGCCUCAGAGAGGAACCAGGAGGCGGGAAGGUGAAGGGUGUCCUCAUCUACGACCAAGAAGCUCCGGUGUUCUCGCUGGACCAUCCUCUCUAUGCCGAUCAGCUGCAGCUGGACCUGGUGGCGAAUGUGCUCAUGCCAGGACGAGUCUGGGGCACUUACAGGUACACCACCUUGCCUACGGCGGAGCCUCGCCUUGUGCACCAUGCCCGGGUGUUCCAGCUGGCCCAGGGUGACCUGAGGAGUCUACGGUGGCAAGAGGGACCCCUGAAGAGCAGCGGCGACAACGUCGUCCGCGAGGUGUACGCCUCCAUCAACUUCCGGGACGUGAUGGUGGCGACCGGGAAGAUCGGCGUGAGUUACAUAACCAUCUACGACCGCUUCAAGGACGACCUGUUGGGCUGCGACUACGCAGGCAUCGACUCCUCGGGGAAGAGGGUGAUGGGGAUGCAGCACUGGUCCUUCAGCAACCUCUGCGUAAAAGACAAGUUCUUCAUCUGGGACGUCCCCGAGGAAUGGAGCCUGGAGGAUGCGGUGACGGUGCCCAGCGUCUACGGGACCAUGUACCUGGCCCUGUACCUGAAGGCAAGGAUCAAGAAGGGCGACAAGGUGCUCAUCCACGCCGGCACAGGUGGAGUCGGCCAGGCCGCCAUCAACGCCGCCAUCUUCGAGGGCUGCGAGGUCUUCACCACGGUGGGCACCCCCGAGAAGAGGGAAUUCCUCAGGAAGCACUUCCCCCAGAUCCCUGAGAGCCACAUCGGCAGCACCAGGGACACCAGCUUCGAGCAGAUGGUCCUCCACCUGACGAAAGGAGAGGGCGUCGACGUCGUCCUGAACUCCCUCACCGAGGAGAAGCUCCAAGCCUCGCUGAGGUGCCUGAAGAGGGGAGGCAUCUUCCUGGAGAUUGGGAAAUACGACAUGAUUCUGAACUCUCCCCUCGGGAUGGAGGUUUUCCUCAAGCAUGUCAGCUUCCACGGGGUACUCCUCGACACUACGAACAAACUUUGGGAGAAGGAGGCGGUCAAAGAACUCCUGAAGAAGGGGAUCAAGGACGGCGUCGUCAAACCUUUGCCCAGGGUCGUGUUCCCGAAGACCGAAGUCGAGGCUGCUCUUCGGUACAUGGCCACGGCCAAGCACAUCGGGAAGGUUAUUCUCCGGAUACGAGAGGAAGGAGAGUCCAUCGACGACCCUAUCCUUGCAUAUCCUCGCUACAACUGCAUCCAGGAUCGCAGCUACAUCAUCCACGGAGGUCUAGGAGGCAUGGGGUUGGAAUUGGCCGAUUUCCUGGUCCUGCGAGGAGCUAGGAACCUGGUGCUCACCUCCAGGAGGGGACUGAAGGAAGGAUACCAGCGGUUUCGCGUAGACCUCUGGAGAAGCUACGGGGUCAGGGUGGACAUCGUCGUCGGGAAGGACGCCUCGAAUCUCCAGGAUUGCAGGUCCAUCCUGGAGGCUGCGACGCACCUGGGUGCCGUGGACGGAAUCUUCAACCUGGCUUUGGUCCUUAGGGACGAUCUCCUGAAGAACCUCUCCGUAGAAGCCUUCCAGGACCUUCUCGAUGUCAAAGCUGGGAGCACGAAACGGUUCGACGUCCUCUCCAGGGAGAUGUGUCCUCAUCUUAGGCACUUUGUCGUCUUCUCCUCCAUGGCUUCUGGCAGAGGGAACCAGGGCCAAACCAAUUAUGGGAUGGCCAACUCCAUUAUGGAGAGGAUCUGUGAAAGGCGAAAGUAUGAUGGACUCCCUGCCCUUGCCAUUCAAUGGGGCCCCAUUAGCGAUGUUGGACAGGUCUAUAGGAUGAGUCAAGGACGUAGGGAUGCUGUUCAUUGCGGCACCUUGAUGCAGACCCUGAGGAGCUGCUUUCAGACCUUGGAUGGAUUUCUGAUGCAGGAGAAGACAGUCGUCUCUAGCUUGAUCGUCUUCAGGAAACGCACUGCUCCACAGAUCACCGACAUCGUCACCACGGUUCUUGAUAUCUUGGGACUGCAGAGCCUGAAGAACGUGAACCACCAGACCUACUUCACCGAGAUGGGCAUGGACUCGAUAAUGGCGAACGAGAUCAAGCACAUCCUGGACAGGGAGUUCCAGGUCGCCCUUACCGUCCAGGAAGUGAAAUACCUGAACAUCGAGAGCCUCUACAAGAUCCAGGAAAAAGCGAUGGGGAUGGAGAGUAAAGUCUCGCCGAAACCCGAGGACGCUAAGAAAAACAAACUCGAAGAACUCGAUCGAGGCGGCCAUUUUGUUUCCAAUGAAGAGGAAUCAAUCGAUUCCACCUUCCAUGGAUAAUUCCAGUCUCCGGAACAAUGUCGAAGUUGGACAAAAAAUUAACGGCGAACUUCUGGAAUAAACCAAAACUGACAAUUUCGAGUGAAUUGCCCGAUUGAGGAAAAUCCAGGAAGCGUUUAACAAGUAGUUACGCGUGUACGCAUUUUUCCCCGGAGUGGGAAAAUUCCUUAAGGCGUCUGGUAAUUUCUUUUUAUGACCAAAUGUGCACAGGAAUCAUAAAUCCUGGUGCAACGGGAUAUUCCACGAAGAGUCAGAAAUUACUUUAUUGCCUUCUCCAUAAACUUUUCGAACAGCUAUGUACCGUACCGUGAUAAACCAUAUUUACACGUUACAAAUGUACUCUUGCAACCAAUUAAGUCUACUUAUUUUGUUACAUAAAUCUAGUACUCUGCGGUGUA